UCUCGGUGAGAGGAGCAGCGAUGGGAUCCGUGCUGAGCAGCGAUAGCGGCAAAUCCGCUCCCGCUUCGGCCACCCCCCGGGCCCUGGAGCGCAGGAGGGAGCCGGAGCUGCCCGUCACGUCCUUCGACUGCUCCGUGUGCCUCGAGGUGUUGCACCAGCCUGUCCGGACUCGCUGUGGCCACAUAUUCUGCCGUUCCUGUAUUGCUACCAGUCUAAAGAACAAUAAGUGGACCUGUCCUUAUUGUCGAGCAUAUCUUCCUUCAGAAGGAGUUCCAGCAACGGAUGUAGCCAAAAGAAUGAAAUCAGAGUACCAGAAAUGCACUGAGUGUGAUACCCCGGUUUGCCUCAGUGACAUGAGGGCACACAUAAGAACUUGUGAGAAGUACAUAGAUAAGUAUGGACCACUACAAGAACUCGAGGAAACAGCAACAAGGUGUGUAUGUCCAUUUUGUCAGAGGGAAUUGGAUGAAGAGAGCUUGCUCGAUCAUUGUAUUACUCAUCACAGAUCGGAAAGGAGACCUGUGUUCUGUCCACUUUGCCGUUUAAUACCUAAUGAGAAUCCAAACAGUUUCAAUGGCAGUUUAAUAAGACAUUUGCAAGUCAGUCACACUCUGUUUUAUGACGAUUUCAUAGAUUUUAAUAUAAUUGAGGAAGCUCUUAUCCGAAGAGUCUUAGACCGGUCACUUCUGGAAUAUGUAAAUCACUCAAACACCACAUAAUGCUAUUAAAAGGAAAGGAAAGAAGACCAUGCAAUCGAACCAUUUGUUAAGAUGCUGCUUGAACAGUUGAAGGGAAAUUGUCAAUUUUGGAUGCGCAGAAAUGUACAACACAGUCAUAUGUUUGUCCAUGUUUGUUGUUAUUUUGCAUUUUAAAAUUGCUUUCAUUUUGAUGGUUUAAAUCUGUUUUACGUUCUUGAGUUUCUUAGACACUUAAAAAAUAGUCUCCAUUAGCCAUUAAUAUAUGAAAGAGAACAUAAGGCUGGGUAUGUGGGUGAAGGAUCUUAAUUUGCAAAUUGGAUGACACUGUGUUAUGCUACAUAUUAAUAACUACCAUCAGGGUUGGGCAAGAUAACUAAUCUUUGUCCUGUGUAAAAAGAUGGAAAGUGAAACAAAUUGUGGACAUUCAAGGAAAUAUGAAAUCUGUUUCAAUGCUCAUGCUCUAAUCUCUACUAGAAUAACAUGAAUAACUUUGUAUGGGAGUAGGAAAGUAAAAUUUUGGAUGUCAACAAAGUCCAUUUAACCAAAUCAUAUCACGUAAUACUGUAACAAAAUAAAUUUUAUGUUAGGAAAAUAUACUUCUUUUACUUUUUGUAACUAUACACAUAAAAAUUUAAUAUUAUAUUUUUCAAAUAUUUGUAGCUUAUUUAGAAAUAUUUCUAUAAUGUAGGCAAUUUCUUAAGGACCAUCAGUUGAUAUUUACAGAAGUUUUCACAUCCAUAAUUUUUAGUGGAAAACUCU